AUGUCAGCAGCAAGAGGGGAACUAAAGACGGUCUUGUGCCAGUACAUCAAAGAUACCCUUUUUGACAUCAACACAGUGAAAGAAUUCGGUGAUAAAAUCUCUAAAUGGAUGGAAGAGAGGAAGAAAGAGGUGAACAUAAUUACACACAUUAAAGACAGAGCCGACAAAAUCAACCUGAGCAUCAGCUAUGUUACUAAGUCAGGCAACAGAGGCAAGGCUUUCUGGAAGUACACGAAGAGUAAGAUAACCCAAGUGACUGCAGACAGCAGGCGUGAAGAGCUGGAGCAGGAGCUUGCUGGUGUGUUGAAGGACACUCUGGGAGGACUGGAGAAGCUCGACUGCUUCCUGGAUGCAGUGGAGAGGCUGGCGGUCACCUCACUGCAUGUGUUUAGUGAGGAGAACCGGGUGUUACAUCUGCCCCAAGAGAUCAGUCCUGACACUGUUAAGGCUGUCAUCAAAGCUGCUCGGGAGGUCCGUCCUCUCCUCCUCGAAUUUCAAAGAGAUGCAAAGGCAUUCUUCCGUCCCAAACUUCAGAAUGUGGAAGUCCUCGAAUAUCAGUUGAAUGAAUACAUCCAGACCACCCAGAAGAUAUGUGACAAGUUAGAGAAAAGCUCUUUCAGUGAGGUUCGCCUGAGGAUGAAUAUGGAAAGUGUGGUAGAUCUUGAUGAGGAUUUAUCUGAAGAUGACAUACGAAGGAUUAAACAGCUUCAUGAAAUCAGGAAGGACAAGCCCUUCCGGAUGGUGUUCCUGUUCAAGGAGAAAUCGUGUCGUCACUUCAUCAGUAAGUUUGAUGAACGACAGCACAGGAUGCAGGAAUUCCUGAAGAACCUGGAGGAGAGCGCUGUUCACCUAGAGAGCAUGAAUAAGGGAGCAAAGAUCUCCAGUGUGGCAGGAAACUCAGUGAGGGCAGUUGGAAGUAUUCUUUCUUUAAUUGGUUUGGCAUUAAGUCCUGUAUCAGCUGGAGCGUCUCUCGCCCUGACUGUGACUGGGGUGGGGCUGGGAAUUACCAGUGGAGUCAACAGCGCUGUCACCACAGCUACAGAGAUUGGAGUCAACCUCACAUAUAAAAAGAAAGCUCGUGAAGACUUCCAAAGCUUCAUGGAAGACGUGCAGAUUCUUCAGAAAUGUCUGAAGGAGGCAUCCAGUCUAACAGUCACCAACAUAAAACAAGUAAGUAUGACAUAUGUGGCUGUGGGAGUGGGAAAGGUUAUCAAAGAAGGUAGAGGUGUUAGAACAGGUAUUAAUUCACUUAACACUGCUGGUAUGAAGAUGUUAGAAAGUAAAGAGCUGAUUGCAGGUGUUGGCGAAGUGAUGGCUGAGGAAGGUGAAGCAUUAUGUCAUGUGGCCGGUGUAACAGCAGAUGUCCCAGAGAUUGGUGAGGCAGCAAUCAAAGGGUCCUUUGUUCUGUCUAAUUCAGUCAUGACUGGAUUUGGCUCACUUUCUUUUGGUAUGACCAUCUAUAAAAUCUGUAAAGACAGCAUCAGUCUGGCCAAAGGCAGAAAGCCCAAAGUCUCAAAGUUCAUCAGAGCCAGAGCUGCACUUUGGAGCUCAGAGAUGGACGCAUGGAGGAAGAUCCGUGACUCUUUGUGUGAGGGUCUGCCGACAUCAGAGGAGAAACAAGCCAAUCUGGAUAUGCCAUUUUAUGUACAGGGUUGA